GCAUGGAAUCCCACUUCGGAUGAGCUAUUAUUUUCAUUCUGUCCCAAUCAAGUCCCUUCGAAACCAACUAAGCGAGUUGUAUUGUCAACUAUUGCACGAUUUUAUGAUCCACUCGGACUUAUAGGGCCAGUUAUUACUAAAGCAAAAAUAUUUCUACAGCAGCUGUGGAAAGAAAAGCUUCAUUGGGAUGAAAGUCUGCCAGUCUCCUUACGCACAACUUGGAUCAACUUUAUUCAGCAGUUUGACUCUAUGCAACAAAUUUCUUUCCCGCGCCUAUCUUUCCUUCGAAGCAGCAACCUUGAAAUGCAUGGAUUUUGUGAUGCCAGCAUGAGUGCUUAUGGAGCUUGCAUCUACGCUGUUUCGCAAGGCGACAAUGGAGUCAAGGCAAAUCUUCUAUCUUCCAGAUCUCGUGUAGCGCCACUGAAGACUAUCACAAUACCCAAGUUGGAAUUAUGUGGUGCAGCGCUACUCGCUCAGCUUAUGCAUGAAGUGUCUUUGAUGAACUUCAAGUGCUCUUAUUAUUGCUGGUGUGACUCCACAGUCGUUUUGGCUUGGAUCAAGAAUCAACCAUCCAACUUCAAUGUAUUUGUCGCUAAUAGACUUUCUGUUAUUCAGGAACUCACAUCUGGAAUGUCUUGGCUGCACGUGCCAACUGAUCUAAACCCUGCCGAUAUGCUUUCUCGAGGAUCAUUACCAGCUGAGCUCAUCAAUUCUCAUCUUUGGAAGUAUGGACCUACAUACUUGACAGCCAGUAAGGAUCAAUGGCCAAGUACACCUGCUCUUCCAGAGCCGGUUUUGGAGGCACGAAAAACCAUACUAAUUACAAACUGCGCGUCAAGAUAUUUGGUGGAAGAAUCAAAGUUUGUAAAUUCCUUCCCCAAAAUGCAACGAAUUUUUGCGUAUGUAUGCAAAUUCAUUCAUCGACGAAAGUCUGGAAUAACUGUGGAGGACUUGCGUUUGGGAACCGAACUGCUUAUUCGUCUUACUCAACAAUCUCGUCUAUCCACUGAAAUAAGAGCCCUGGAAACGCGAAAGGACAUCAAGGCUUCAAGCUCGAUCGCCUCUCUUUCGCCAUUUUUAGAUGAUUGCGGUUUGCUUCGAGUUGGAGGGCGUCUUAAAAACUCUACCUUGGACUUUGAAGCACGGCAUCCCAUAAUAUUGCCCAAGAAUCAUUCCAUCACUUCUGCUCUGAUACGGCACUUACACGAAAAGCACCUUCACGCUGGACCCCAGUCGCUAUUAGCCAUCAUUCGUCAAACGUACUGGCCAAUCGGUGGCCGAAAGACCGUAGCACACGUAAUCCAAAAGUGUGUCAGAUGCUUUAGAGUGAAGCCUCGAACUCUCGAGCAAAUAAUGGCAGAUCUUCCGGUGGACAGAGUCAGCGAAUCUCGUGCAUUUUUAGUUACCGGCGUGGACUAUUGCGGUCCGUUCCUGUAUAAAUCAGAAGUUCGAAACCGGCCCCCACUAAAGUGCUACAUGAGCAUUUUUAUAUGCUUCUCCACCAAGGCGGUUCACAUCGAGCUUGUGAAGGAUCUUACAACAUCUGCGUUCCUCUCUGCUCUUCGCCGUUUCAUUUGCACCCGUGGAAGACCGAUUCGUAUUUGGUCAGAUAAUGCCACAAAUUUUGUUGGAGCGCGGAACGAACUGGCGGAACUUAAGUCGCUAUUCCUAAGCGACAGUCAUCAAGAAGCCGUGCAUCAAGCUUGUCUCAACGAUUGCAUCGAUUGGCGUUUCAUUCCUCCUAGAUCGCCACAUUUUGGAGGAUUGUGGGAGGCGUCAGUCAAGCUUGCUAAGCAUCAUCUUCGACGUGCCCUCGGAUCCUCGCUUCUUGGAUUUGAUGAGCUGCGCACUCUCGCGUGCAAUAUCUGUGCAAUCAUUAAUUCAAGGCCAUUGUUUCCUCUUUCAGAGAACCCUGCAGAUCUCGAUGUACUCACGCCCAGCCAUUUUCUAGUUGGCGCCCCUAUCACAACCUUCUUGGAGCCUGACUUGGUUCAUUUAAACGUCGAUCGCUUGGACCGUUGGCAGAAGGUCACACAGCUUCAGCAAAUUCACGUCAAUGAUGUCGUUCUUGUUAAGGACGAGAACUUCCCUCCUCUGAAGUGGCCUCUAGCGAGAAUCCUCGAGCUCAUCCCAGGAGCUGACGGCGUAUCUCGAGUCGCCUUGAUCAGGAUGGCUACAGGUGUUAGCCGAAGAGCACUUGCAAAACUAUGUCUAUUGCCUCUACGAGAUGAGGUGAAAGGCAUGGAUCCUUCCACGGGGGGAGUAUGUUCGGGCGAAGCCCGAGUGUAAAUUUUAUACCAUUGUUUUAUUGCCUAUCAAUUCACUUUCUUUUCUAUUUUGGUCAU